AUUUCUUCCAUCUUAACUAAUUCUGUUCAACAAUAUUUCGUUGGAUUAUCAGUUUUUUUUUCUUUCUUUUUUUGAACAGUUGGAGUUAGUAAGUUAUUUUGUUGCGUAAUUGGAUUUUCACUCACUUUCCAGCUUCGAAAAUGAGUUCGAUUUUAAUGGAGCCUGACGAUUUAGCCGUCUUCGUCGGCGGCAGUGCUAGUCGGACAUCGAUGAACUUCACGACUCUCUGUACGUCGGCCCACCGGAUUCAUUCCGCCGGCGUUUUCUCCGGCGUGAACCCCUUGGAAUUCUCAGUUCCUCUUCUUUUGUUGCAGUUUGGAAUCUGUGCUGGAACUAUCAUCUUAUUUCAUCAACUCCUCAAGCCCCUCGGCCAACCUCUCAUCGUCUCUCAAAUUUUGGGCGGUCUAGUUCUCGGUAGUUCGGGUUUGAGCCACAUGAAGACAUUUAGAGACACAAUUUUCCCCCUCAGGGGAUUUGUUUUCCUCGACGUAGUUACUUCAUUUGGCACUAUAUUCUACUUCUUUCUGGUUGGUGUUCAAGUGGAUAUCUCAAUUAUGAAGAACAUUGACAAGAAAUCCCUUGGAAUUGGGACUUUUUCUGUGAUUUUGCCUUUGAUUCUUACAUCCCUUUACUCAACAGCCUUGAUGAACACUGUUGGCACCAGAACUGCAAAAUCUUUACUCAUUGUUUCUGCUGCUGAAUCCUUCAUUAACUUCCCCAUGGUUGCUUCCCUUCUUUCUGAGCUUCAUUUGAUGAACUCUGAGUUUGGUAGAAUUGCUCUAUCAUCUUCAAUGGUUUCUACUGUCUGGACUUUUUGUUUUGUAAUGAUAGGAGCUUUGGUAGCUCCACAAAAUGGGGCCGUAGCCGAGUCCGUGAUAUCACUUUCUACCUUCAUAAUGGUAUCAGGAACUAUCAUUUUCGUCGUUCGACAAGCGAUGUCGUGGAUCAUAAAGAAUAGCCCGACAGGGGAGCCAUUAAAGGAGGGCUUUGUGGUUGCUAUGCUUAUAGGUGUUCUUAUCACUGCCUUUAGCAGCAAGGCCUUUGGUUUGCAUAUCUAUUUUGGCCCUCUUAUUCUUGGUAUUUCAAUACCUCCAGGCCCUCCCAUUGGCUCAGCCUUAGUGGAAAGGCUUGAUUUCAUUACCUCUUGGGUUUUCAUGCCUGUUUUCUUUGUUAAGCUUGGCUUGGUUAUCAAUGUUUAUAGCAUCAAGCUCAAGAACUUCUUGGGCGUGUCGUUUGUUAUCUAUGUUAGUGCGUUGGGGAAGUUUCUAGGUGCGCUUGUUGUUGCUGUUGUGCACUGUAGAAUGCCUGUGAGAGACGCUGUGUCGCUCGGUCUCGUCAUGGCUAGUCAAGGAGCUUUCGAGCUCGGUAUGUUUAAAUUGAUGAGGAAGGAAGGGAGGAUUGAUAGAGGAACUUUUGCAGUUAUGUGCAUUUUCUUGAUGGUUUUGAUGGCGGUUAUUACUCCGAUAAUCAGAUAUCUGUUUGAUCCUUCGAGAAGAUAUACUGUUUAUAAGAGAAGAACUGUUAUGGAUUUGAAAUCCGGGUCUGAUCUUCGUGUUUUGAUAUGUAUUCACGACCAAGAAGACGUUCCGAAUGCUAUUAACCUACUCGAGGCCUUGAAUCCGACGAGACGAAGCCAUCUUAUUGUGUAUAUGCUUCAUCUUGUCGAGCUUCUUGGUCGUGCUAACUCGCAACUCAUUCCUCACAAUCUUAAGAAAGAUAGGAUUUCAACGUCGUGCCCUUCCGAGCAUAUCGUUAAUGCCUUCAAAUACUUUGGACGGAAUAACCGUCAAACUGUUGCGAUUUUCCCUUUUACUUCAAUAACUUCUUCUACAACCAUGCACGAUGAUGUUUAUUUGCUCGCGCUCAACAAAUCCGUUUCGUUGAUUCUUGUUCCUUUUCACAAGAAGUUUUACUCUAAUGGGGUCAUUUCAUUGUCCAACUACAACAUGAAAAUGGUCAACAAUGAGAUCCUCGACAAGGCGCCGUGCUCGGUCGGCCUUGUCGUUGACCGUGGAGUUCUAAAUCUGUCGAGAUCUGCUGCAACUAACUUGCAUUCUUUUCAAGUAGCUGUGGUGUUUUUAGGUGGAGCUGAUGACCGUGAGGCAAUGUUCGUUGGGGCAAGAAUGGCUGGACAUCCCGAUAUCAACUUGACACUGAUUCGACUCUUGAAGAAGGGGAACGUGGAGAGGGAUGAUGUCAAAGAGACGAGGCUUGACAACGAGGCCGUGCUCCAGUUUCGAAAAGCUACCACAAACAACCGUAGAGUGAUGUACAUAGAAGAGGUGGUCAUGGAUGGAACAGGAACAGUCUCGUUACUUCGUUCGAUGGGGAAUAGUUUCAGUCUCGUGAUCGUCGGAAGACGACAUAGCUGUUGUUCGACGUUGGUUCAAGGGUUGGUGCUGUGGAAUGAGCAGACAGAACUCGGGGCGAUCGGGGAGGUGUUGGCGUCCUCAGAUUUCAUGGGGAAUGCCAUAAUCUUGGUUGUGCAACAACACACAAAACUAGCAAAUGAAGAACAAAAUAAGAACAAUGAAGAUAGUGUGACUCCCAUUGAUAGGCAUUUAGCAAAGGAUGAAGCAAAAGAGUUGCCCAUCCAAACCAAACCAUACAUGUUUUGAUCCUCCUUUACUAACUUCCUUCAUUCAAUCCAUACGAACUUGGGAAAUUUUUU